CCACCUUGGGCUUUAUAAUUGGCUCGCUCAGCGGUUCCUUUCCUCUUAUCUGAUCCUGGGCGAGAGGCGCGGAGGGGAAGCUCUGCAAGGGAGGAGGCGGCGGGAGAGGGACGAGGAGAGGACAGAGUGGACGACAGGGAAGAGAAGCUAAUUAAGAAAGGGUGCUCCGAGGGACGCGAGCUAGGGCAGUGGUACGCUAAGAACCAACGGGCGGCAAACCUUCCCUAGGCACCAGGCGGUCCCCAGCCUGGGCUGGAAAGUUGCCCUGCACAGACAGCGGUUGCACCUCAUGUAAAAGGUCGAAGACUUAAAAAAAAUGAAGAUUUUUCAGCGCGAGAUGCGGUACUGGCUGAUUCUGGCUUUUUUGGCGGUUGCUUAUUUCUGCACCAUCGUCCGGAGUCAAGUGGCUCCACCCACAAGGUUAAGAUACAAUGUAAUAUCCCACGACAGUAUACAGAUUUCAUGGAAAGCUCCAAGAGGGAAAUUUGGUGGCUACAAACUGCUUGUGACUCCAGCUUCAGGGGGAAAAACCAACCAGCUGAACCUGCAGAACGCUGCAACAAAAGCGAUCAUUCAAGGCCUUCUGCCAGAGCAGAAUUACACAGUUCAACUUAUUGCCUACAAUAAAGACAAAGAAAGCAAGCCGGCUCAAGGCCAGUUCAGAAUUAAAGAUUUAGAGAAAAGAAAGGAUCCAACAAAGCCCAGAGUGAAGGCUGUGGACAAAGGAAACGGAAGUAAACCAACCUCACCAGAAGAAGUAAAAUUCUUCUGUGAGACUCCAGCCAUCGCUGACAUUGUCAUCCUGGUGGAUGGGUCAUGGAGCAUUGGGAGAUUCAACUUCAGGCUGGUGCGGAAUUUCUUGGAAAACCUGGUCACAGCAUUCAACGUGGGCUCUGAGAAGACACGAAUUGGACUGGCACAGUACAGUGGGGACCCCAGAAUAGAGUGGCACUUGAAUGCCUUUAACACCAAAGAUGAAGUGAUUGAUGCUGUCCGAAGCCUUCCCUACAAAGGAGGGAACACUCUAACAGGUCUUGCUCUGAACUUCAUUUUUGAGAAUAGCUUUAAACCAGAAGCAGGAUCGAGGAGUGGGGUUUCCAAGAUCGGCAUUUUAAUCACAGAUGGAAAAUCCCAAGAUGAUAUUAUCCCACCCUCUAGAAAUCUCCGUGAAUCUGGUGUAGAGCUGUUUGCCAUAGGGGUUAAAAAUGCUGACCUGAAUGAGCUGCAGGAGAUCGCCUCUGAGCCGGACAGCACUCAUGUGUACAAUGUUGCUGAAUUCGACCUGAUGCACACUGUGGUGGAGAGCCUGACUAGGACUGUGUGCUCCAGAGUAGAAGAGCAAGACAAGGAGAUUAAAGCCUCAGCCCUUGCCACUAUUGGGCCACCUACCGAGCUGAUUACUUCCGAAGUCACUGCCAGGAGCUUUAUGGUUAACUGGACUCAUACCCCAGGAAAAGUGCAAAAAUACCGGGUUGUGUAUUACCCCACCCGAGGUGGAAAACCAGAGGAGGUGGUGGUGGAUGGAAGUGUAUCUUCGAUAGUGUUGAAAAACUUGAUGUCUUCAACUGAAUACCAGAUAGCAGUGUUUGCGGUAUCUGCGCACACAGCUAGUGAAGGCCUGCGGGGAACAGAAACCACACUGGCCCUGCCCAUGGCUUCCGACCUGGAGCUGUACGAUGUGACUGAGAACAGCAUGCGCGUCAGGUGGGAUGCCGUGCCUGGCGCCACGGGAUAUCUGAUCCUCUACGCCCCUCUCACAGAAGGUCUGGCAGGAGAUGAGAAAGAGAUGAAAAUCGGCGAGACCCACACAGACAUUGAACUGAGUGGGCUGUUCCCCAAUACAGAAUACACGGUCACUGUGUAUGCCAUGUUUGGAGAAGAGGCCAGUGAUCCCGCUACAGGACAAGAGACAACCUUACCCUUAACCCCACCAAGAAAUUUGAGAAUCUCCAAUGUUGGCUCCAAUAGUGCUCGGUUAACCUGGGAUCCCACAUCAAGAAAGAUCAAUGGUUACAGAAUUGUGUAUACCAGUGCAGAUGGGACAGAAAUCAAUGAGGUCGAAGUUGAUCCCAUCACUACGUUCCCUCUGAAAGGCUUGACCCCCCUCACGGACUACUCUAUUGCCAUUUUCUCCAUCUAUGAGGAGGGGCAGUCCCUGCCUCUGGUUGGAGAGUUUACUACAGAGGAAGUUCCCGCCCAGCAAUACUUGGAAAUUGAUGAGGUGAAGACAGACAGUUUUCGAGUGACCUGGCAUCCUCUCUCGGCUGAGGAAGGGCAGCACAAGCUGAUGUGGAUUCCAGUCUAUGGCGGGAAGACCCAGGAGGUUGCCCUAAAGGAAGAGCAGGACUCCUACGUGAUUGAAGGCCUGGAUCCUGGAACUGAGUAUGAAGUCUCACUGUUAGCUGUCCUCGAUGACGGAAGUGAGAGUGAGGUGGUGACUGCUGUUGGGACCACACUUGAUGAUUUUUGGACAGAAAUACCCUCAACUGUAGAACCUACCAGUCCUGUGACUUCAGUUCUCCAGACAGGAAUCAGAAACCUGGUUGUAGAUGACGAAACUGCUACUAGCCUGCGGGUCACGUGGGACAUUUCUGACAGCAAUGUGGAGGAGUUUAGGGUGACCUACCUGACAGCCCAAGGGGACCCUAUGGAAGAAGUGGUAGGAACGAUUAUGGUGCCUGGAAUGCAGAACAAUAUCCUGCUGAAGACUCUAAUUCCAGACACUGAAUACAAAGUCACAGUGACUCCCAUCUACACCACGGGAGAAGGUGUCAGCGUCUCUGCCCCUGGGAGAACUUUGCCAUCCUCUGGUCCUCAGAACUUACAGGUUUCAGAAGAAUGGUACAACAGAUUGCGCAUUACAUGGGACCCACCAUCUGCCCCCGUGAAGGGCUAUAGGAUUGUCUACAAACCUGUGAGCGUUCACGGUCAAACUCUGGAGACUUUCGUGGGUGCGGACAUUAACACCAUUGUUAUCACGAACCUCCUCAGUGGAAUGGACUACAACGUGAAGAUAUUUGCUUCCCAGGCCACAGGCUUCAGUGAUGCUCUGACUGGCCUCGUGAGAACAUUGUUCCUGGGAGUGACAGAUCUCCAAGCCAAUCAGGUUGAAACAACAAGCUUGUGUGCUCAUUGGCAAAUACAUCGCCAUGCCACAGCCUAUAGGAUAGUUCUAGAAUCCCUUCAGGAUACACAAACACAAGAAUCUACCUUGGGAGGAGGUGUAAACAGGCAUUGCUUCUAUGGACUUCAGCCAGAUUCAGAAUAUAAAAUCAGUGUUUACACAAAGCUCCAGGAGAUUGAGGGACCAAGUGUGAGCAUCCUGCAAAGAACACAACCACCUCCCACUGAACCACCGACAUUCCCUCCAACCAUUCCACCAGCAAAGGAAGUAUGUAAAGCUGCCAAGGCAGACCUAGUAUUCAUGGUGGAUGGAUCCUGGAGUAUUGGAGAUGACAAUUUCAAUAAGAUCAUCAAUUUUCUGUAUAGCACCGUGGGAGCCCUGGACAAGAUUGGUGCAGAUGGAACUCAGGUGGCAAUGGUCCAGUUCACUGAUGACCCCAGAACAGAAUUCAAACUCGAUGCUUACAAAACCAAGGAGACACUUCUUGAUGCAAUCAGACACAUUUCCUACAAAGGAGGAAAUACUAAAACAGGGAAAGCUAUCAAGCACGUUCGCGAUACCUUAUUCACUGUAGAGUCAGGCACGAGGAGAGGCAUCCCGAAAGUUAUCGUGGUUAUAACUGAUGGGAGAUCACAAGAUGACGUCAACAAAAUCUCCAGGGAGAUGCAGGCCGAUGGAUACAACAUCUUUGCCAUUGGUGUGGCUGACGCCGAUUAUUCAGAGUUGGUUCGGAUCGGCAGCAAACCCAGCUCACGUCACGUCUUCUUUGUGGAUGACUUCGAUGCCUUCAAGAAAAUUGAGGAUGAACUGAUUACUUUUGUCUGCGAAACCGCAUCAGCAACCUGUCCAAUGGUGCACAAGGAUGGAGUCGAUCUUGCAGGCUUUAAGAUGAUGGAAAUGUUUGGUUUGGUUGAAAAGGAUUUUUCUGCAGUGGAAGGAGUUUCUAUGGAACCUGGCACCUUCAAUUUGUUCCCGUGUUACCAAAUCCACAAAGAUGCCCUGGUUUCCCAGCCAACCAAAUAUCUGCAUCCAGAAGGACUGCCUUCUGACUAUACAAUGAGUUUCCUGUUCCGGAUUCUUCCUGACACUCCACAGGAGCCAUUUGCUCUUUGGGAGAUUUUAAAUAAAAAUUCUGACCCACUGGUUGGCAUCAUUUUAGACAAUGGUGGGAAAACUCUAACUUAUUUUAACUAUGACUAUACUGGAGAUUUUCAAACGGUCACUUUUGAAGGACCUGACAUCAGGAAAAUGUUCUACGGAAGCUUUCACAAGCUCCAUGUUGUUAUCAGCAAGACUUUGGCCAAAGUGGUUGUUGACUGUAAGGAAGUGGGCCAGAAGGCAAUCAAUGCAUCGGCGAAUAUCACAUCGGAUGGUGUGGAAGUCCUGGGGAGAAUGGUCAGAUCAAGAGGACCCAACGGAAACUCUGCACCAUUCCAGUUACAGAUGUUUGAUAUCAUUUGCUCUACAUCAUGGGCCAGUAAAGACAGAUGCUGUGAACUUCCCGGCCUGAGGGAUGAAGAGUCCUGCCCAGACCUUCCACGUUCCUGCUCUUGCUCAGAAACUAACGAAGUGGCCCUAGGACCAGCAGGCCCCCCAGGUGGUCCAGGACUCCGAGGACCCAAAGGCCAACAAGGUGAACAGGGGCCGAAGGGACCAGAAGGCCCUCGGGGGGAAACAGGUCCUGCAGGACCCCAGGGCCCCCCUGGACCUCAAGGACCCAGUGGUCUGUCCAUUCAAGGCAUGCCUGGUAUGCCAGGUGACAAAGGAGACAAAGGAGAUGCUGGCCUUCCUGGUCCACAGGGUGUCCCUGGAGGUGUGGGUUCACCAGGACGUGAUGGCUCUCCAGGCCAGAGGGGAUUUCCUGGAAAGGACGGUUCCGCUGGUCCUCCAGGGCCACCUGGUCCAAUCGGCAUUCCUGGAGCCCCUGGUGUCCCAGGGAUCACAGGCAGCAUGGGACCACAAGGAUCCUUGGGGCCACCUGGUGUCCCUGGACCAAAGGGAGAGCGAGGUGAACGAGGAGACCUGCAGUCCCAAGCCAUGGUGAGGGCGGUGGCGCGUCAAGUAUGCGAGCAACUCAUCCAGAGUCAUAUGGCCAGGUACACAGCCAUCCUCAACCAGAUUCCCAGCCAUUCCACAUCCAUCCGGACCAUCCAGGGCCCACCUGGGGAGCCUGGGAGACCAGGUUCACCUGGAACCCCGGGAGACCAAGGACCUCCAGGCGCUCCAGGCUUCCCAGGAAAUGCAGGUGUGCCAGGGACCCCAGGAGAACGAGGUCUAACUGGUCUCAAAGGAGAAAAAGGAAAUCCAGGCAUUGGAACUCAAGGCCCAAGAGGUCCCCCUGGUCCAGCAGGACCUUCAGGAGAAAGUCGUCCUGGCAGUCCAGGGCCACCUGGCUCUCCUGGACCAAGGGGUCCCCCAGGCCACCUGGGAGUACCUGGACCACAGGGUCCUUCUGGCCAGCCUGGAUAUUGUGACCCCUCAUCAUGUUCUGCCUAUGGUGUUGGAGAUCUCAUCCCAUACAAUGAUUACCAACACUGAGGUGCCAAUCUUGCACUUUGGUUGCAUUGACUUGGGCAUCUGGCUAUGGAUACAGAACCAGUUCACCUCCACUACUAAGCUCCUGCCUGUAACCCUGUCACCUCUUUCUUGUCUCAACUGCUUCCCCACCUCACCAUGAUCAAGUCCUCUGCCUCCCCUGCACCAAACGUGUUGUAGUGAUAGCAUCAAAACAUAGCAAAGAAAUAUAGGUCAACUGUGAUAGAAACUGAUUUCCCGAGUCAGUCUGAAUGGAGUUGUGUGUGUGCCAAGACUUGAUCCCAACCUCCUCUAUGCCAAGGGUCUCUAACAGUUCCUUAACUCUAUGUCUUUCUUUCCUAUCCCACACAAGAUGAUGGGCACCUUCCCUCCUGGCCCUUCUGCCUCUCCUUCUUCUCUUGAUCACCCUAUUCCCACUCUCCCCUGGUGAUGGACUUGUAACACAAGAUUGGGUUUUUAAUUUUAUACUUUCUCUUAUGACUCUACUUCAUUUCAGGGUUUCUUUUAUAAAUAAAACAUACAACAUUUUAAGCAAUUGGCCACGAUUCUAGUUUUCCAAUGUUAUUUUUUUUUUCUAGUUUGUCUUUCCUUUCCUCCUUUUACUAACUGUGAAGCCUCACGGGGAAGCAGCACAGUGGGCUAGGCAGUGAGUGCUUUCUCCUCACACAGGGCACCUUUGUGGUUUACGGACCAAAUCUGUGUCUCUAAGGACUCAGGAGAGAUUAUCCAUUUCUGGUUCCUGGGUCCCAUCAGGCCCCCACCCUCACUUUUCCUCUUUAGUGUCCCAUCCGGAUCAGCCUGAGUUCACACCGGUCCAGGACGAGCAGGAGGCCAUGGAUCUGUGGAGCUCGAGCAUCUGAUGGCCUCAGGAGACAUUUGAAGAGCAGUGGCGGGCCCUCUUCUGGAGCUUUACUUACAAAAUGUUGUCAUGUGGUUUGUAUGCUACUUUGCAGGGGGAGGCAAGGCUCAUGUCAUCAGCCGGUAUUUCCUCUAUGGAUAUCGUUAAUUAUUGUUUUAAAAAACUGUAUUUUUAAACCAUCCCCUUUUUGUGACACUGUUGAAAUUUUGUCCCUUUGCUGUUUUAAUUGCAUGCCAGAUAAUUUGGUCUUUUCCCAAAGAAGAGUGCUGAGAGAAGAAUUGAAAAGGAUAAGUUGAACCCCAGAAUCUCUUCUCUGUUAGAUCAUUUCAAUUUACAAAAUAUAUAAGAGAUGUGUGGUUACAUUGGAGGGAAUUGGGGCUCCAGUAGUGGAAGUGUUACUAUGGAGAUUCAUGGUUAAUGUCACUUACCCCAUACCCAGGGCAAUGACCUGGCUGAUAAUUAACAUACCACCAUCAUUGAGGAAACUACCUCUUUUUUGUUUAAAAUAAUCUGUUCAAUUCUUAGAUCACUCAGUAACUGGUUUCACGGGUAUUCAGAAAUAAAAGCUAGAAUAUAGCCUUUUUGGAUUUGAUAAUUAAAAAAAUAGAUUGUUUUCCAAUAGUUUUUGAUCCAUGUAAAAUAAUGACUUCCUACCAACUCCAAUGCAAAAGAGACCCUUUUUAUUAAAUGAAUAAUUUGUCCAGCAGUGUGUUUCGGGGCUUGCCUCCUCUUGACUACAGGGAUUGCUUUGUAAAUGCAGAUAUGUUUUUGAAGACUUGUUUUUAUUCUUUUUUAUAAGCAAAUAAAAAACUUAAAACAAUA